ACAUAUGCCACUCUAUAAAAUUGUACACGUUUUUGUUACAAGUUUCACUAAUUUACCGCAAAUCUAAAAAUCAUUUUGCCAUAAAUCUUUUUCAUUAAUUAAAUUAAAAGAAAUAAAAACGGAGAAUAAAUUAUAAUACAAUGGCGUUAGCUUCGCGUUUUUAUAGUGAAAAAUAUCCAGAAGUAGAUGAUGUAGUCGUAGUAAAUGUGCUGUCAAUUGCAGAAAUGGGUGCUUACGUACAUUUACUUGAAUAUAAUAAUAUAGAAGGUAUGAUUUUACUCUCUGAACUUUCUCGUCGUCGUAUACGCUCCAUCAAUAAACUAAUUCGAGUGGGCAAAACCGAACCAGUUGUAGUUAUACGUGUUGAUAAGGAUAAGGGAUACAUAGAUUUAUCAAAAAGACGUGUUUCUGCAGAAGAUGUAGAGAAAUGCACAGAACGAUUUGCAAAGGCGAAAGCAGUGAACUCUUUGCUAAGACAUGUAGCUGAUAUACUUGAAUACGAUACAAGUGAAAAAUUAGAAGAAUUAUAUCUAAAAACUGCCUGGUACUUCGAAAAGAAGUACAAUAGUAAAACUGUUGCCUACGACAUUUUUAAGCAAUCGGUAACGGAUCCAUCGGUGUUCGAUGAAUGCGGUCUUGAUGAUCAAACUAAAGAAGUAUUGUUAAGCAAUAUUAAACGUAAACUAGUAUCGCCAACAGUGAAAAUACGUGCCGACAUUGAGUGUUCAUGCUAUGGUUAUGAAGGAAUUGAUGCUGUUAAAUCUGCAUUAAGAACAGGACUUGAUUUAAGUACUGAAGAACUACCAAUACGAAUUAAUUUAAUUGCACCGCCAUUGUAUGUUAUGACUACUUCUACAACUAAAAAGGCUGACGGUCUGAAAGCGCUCGACACAGCUAUUAAAAAUAUAGAAGCUAAAAUAACAGAAUGCGAAGGUGAAUUUAAAGUUAUUAUGCCACCUAAGUUGGUGACUGCUAUUGAUGAAGCCGAUUUGGCGCGAAGAUUAGAACGUGCGGAAGCUGAGAAUGCUGAAGUUGGUGGUGAUGAUGACGAAGAUGAAGAUGACGAAGAGGGUAUGAAAUUCGAUCCAGAAAAUGAAUUUAACCAUACUAAAUCACGUAAUGUUAAUAAUCAUAAUGACGAAGAUGAUGAAGAAUAGAACAUUUUAUUUAUAAGUAAAAUUUUAUGCUAUAGUAAAAUACUAUAAACAAUUGCAGUAAAGAUGACCCAUUAUGUUAAAGUCAUUUGAACAAAAUCUACUUUUCAAAUUUAUAAAUAAUUAUUAAAAUCAGUAUCUAUAUUAUUUUAACUAAACUUAUUUCCUAAAUGAAUUUUAUGUUAUGAGUUUGUUAAAUUUAUUUGUCAAAAUAUUUUUUUAUUAAUUGCAAAACAAUUACUAUAGAUAAAUUAGAAUUUUACGUUAUUAAAUCUUAUUAUAAUAAAAUAAAAUAUACAACUAAUAAAAAAAACUGGGCGCUAG